AUGGCCAUCCACGCCGAGGGUCUGGUAGCUAUCGUGGUCUUCUAUCUCCUGAUCCUGUUCGUGGGCAUCUGGGCCGCGUGGAAGAAUAAGAACUCUGGAGUCGGCGAAGGCGGAGAGCGGAGCGAGAGCAUCAUGGUCGGUGGAAGGGACAUCGGGUUGUUCGUGGGUGGAUUCACCAUGACAGCCACCUGGGUGGGUGGGGGCUACAUCAAUGGGACAGCAGAGUACGUCUAUCUGCCGGACUACGGACUGGCCUGGGCGCAGGCACCGUUUGGUUACGCUCUCAGCCUGGUAGUAGGUGGGCUUUUCUUUGCCAAACCCAUGCGAUCGCGUGGAUACGUCACAAUGCUGGACCCCUUUCAGCAGCUGUAUGGAGAGAAGAUGGGGGCUCUGAUCUUCAUCCCAGCACUGAUGGGAGAAAUCUUCUGGUCCGCAGCCAUCCUCUCAGCCCUGGGCGCCACCCUGAGCGUGAUCGUGGACAUAAACAUUAACAUGUCGGUGAUCAUCUCAGCUCUCAUAGCCAUCUUCUACACCCUGGUUGGAGGACUCUACUCUGUGGCCUAUACAGAUGUGGUGCAGCUGUUUUGUAUAUUCAUCGGCCUGUGGAUCAGUGUGCCCUCGGCUCUGUCCAACCCUGCUGUGUCAGACAUCAGCGUCACAGCACACAAAGCCAUCUACCAGACACCCUGGCUGGGGAAGAUCAACCCUGAUGACCGCUGGCUCUGGGCAGACAACUUCUGUUUGCUGAUCUUGGGGGGGAUUCCCUGGCAGGUCUAUUUUCAACGGGUUCUUUCUGCCUCGUCAGCUACCUACGCCCAGGUCCUUUCUUUCCUCGCUGCUUUUGGCUGCUUGGUCAUGGCCGUCCCCUCAGUCCUUAUAGGAGCUAUAGGAGCCUCCACUGACUGGAACCAAACUUCUUAUGGGUCCAUCGCACCGAAGGAUAAGGAACAGUCAGACAUGAUCCUCCCCAUCGUGCUUCAGCACCUCUGCCCGUCCUACGUGUCCUUCUUCGGCCUGGGGGCGGUGUCGGCUGCAGUCAUGUCAUCGGCGGAUUCCUCCAUUCUCUCGGCCAGUUCUAUGUUUGCCAGGAACAUCUAUCAGGUCGCCUGCCGCCCGUUGGCCUCAGACUGGGAGAUCGUGUGGGUGAUGCGCAUCACAAUCUUCAUAUUCGGCGCCCUGGCCACAGCUAUGGCUCUGUUGACCGGGUCAGUGUAUGGCUUGUGGUACCUGAGCUCUGACCUGGUCUACGUCAUCAUUUUCCCCCAACUCCUGAGCGUGCUAUUCGUCAAAGGCACCAACACCUACGGCUCUGUGGCCGGCUACAUCUUUGGUCUCCUGCUGCGCAUCGGUGGAGGUGAGUCGUAUCUCAAACUCCCUCCCUUCAUCUAUUACCCUGGCUGGGUGAUGCAGGAGAGGACACACCCGCUGACCGGCGACAUCGAGUACUUUGUCCAGCAGCGGUUUCCAUUCAAGUCCGUCUCCAUGAUCGCUUCCUUUUUGGCCAACGUUUUCUUUUCUUACCUGGCCAAGUACUUAUUUGAGAGUGGAAUGCUGUCCCACAAGUACGACGUCCUGGACGCUGUGGUGACCAAGCACAGCAAGGAGAUCAUGGACAAGGCCACACUGGUGAAGAACCAUGAUAUCAACCUUUCAGAGAUGGCACCUGUUACCCAGGCCGUGGGGGCUUCUCUGGCUGGAACCUUCACCAACGCUCAGAUCCUCAGCGAUGAUGGAGUUUCCAGCCCGGAGGCCUUUCCAGACGAACACUAGAACCACAGAGGCACAAAGGAAACGAGGCACCGGGGAACACGGAGAAGAAGGAUUCUAAAACAUUCUUCAGGAAGCUUGCUACUGCCGCACUGGAAGCUAAGUCAACAGAAAAUUUGCAGUGGCUUCAAAGUGUUGUUUUUGUGCUGAUUACAAGGUGCCUCCUUCUUUUACUUCUGCCUGGAAACAGGAAGCUGGCUGUGAAUACACUGUGUUGAGUGUAACGUACUCUCUCUUGUGUCGGUGUCCUGACUGUGAAUCCAAAACCUCUACAAUCAUUUUAACGUAUGUGCUGCUACGGUGAUCAGAGGAACUUCAGUAGACGAACAGUUGUCCUACAUGAGGUUCAGCUGGUCCGGGGAACGGUGCAAUAUCUGAGCUAGGAUCUGUGUCCACGUCACGUGUGUAGUGUGGGUGUUGGUGUUUACGUGUAUGUCAGUGCUUCAAAAAAAUGUCUUAUUUUCUUGACUUGAGUUGUAAAGUUGUGUAGAAUAUAUUUAUUAAUAGAGCAAUAAUAUUUUUUAGGACCUAUGUUUCACAGAUAGAUACAUUUUGCUGAUUUUUAACACAGAAAGUGAUAUUCACCAUUUCUGAGACCAACAAUUCACUAUAUUAUUUAGUUGGCAAAAUCCCGGAUAAACCCGUUGAUUCUCAAUUAUUCUAUCACUCAUGAGCAGUGACAUUUACAGCCAAUACAUCAAUUUAGGAGCCUGGGCAGAAACAGUAAAAAGAAGAAAAAGUAUUGAAAUGAAAAUAAAGUUGCAUUGCUUUGCCUCCUUACAAUAGCUCUGAAACCACCUAGGGUCGCCCGCCCCCCAGUUUGAGAACCCCAGCAUUAAGCCAUCUUGCCUCUUCUCUGAUUUCACUCUACAUCUUCAGAUAAGAUGAUACAAAUCAUAAUUGAUGGAAUGGAAUUACAGCAAAGCCUGAGAGUAAGACUGAAUUGUUUUGCGAUUACUGACAAAGGUUAUUUGUCAUAUAUUUAGAAGUGAAUCUCCAAAACUCGAAUAAGUUGGCACAGAGGCAAAAUAAGUUGUGGAUACUGAUGAUAUAUGCUUUCCAUGCCAACAAAACCCUCCCCGCCAUUCAUGUGAAACUCACGGUCCGAUCCCAAAUAACAAUCUCUCUGGAAGAAAUGAACGUCAUCACUUUUGUGCUAAGGCUCACAAGACAAUUGUUUGUCUUUUAAGCACAAUAUUAAGACCUCUUACUGCCAGCAAAUAUGCAAAAAAAAA